AGAGGCGGGCUUCUGACGCCGGGGGCGUGGUCAGAGGCGAGUUCCUUGCGCAGAGACAUGUGAGUCUCCUCUGAGAAGCUGAGGGAGGACAGUGAAGGGUAGAGCGGGGCUCGGUGUGAUUUAAAUAACCAAAACCAUCAAGUGAAACCCAUUCGGAGGGCCGUGGUACGUUCAUAGGUACAUAUCGUUUAUUUAUUGGUGGCCAGCUGAGUAGAGAGCGUGGACAGGAAUUGUAAAGUAAAAUAGUGUGGGCAGAUGUCACUGUUGUUAGUUUACACGGUGUUGUUGAUUCUUUAAGUCCGAGAGGUAAUGUGUGUGACAGCUCCGUAGUAUUUAACGUGUAAUAUUAAUAUAACUGCGUUCGUUUAUUUUUAUUUUUUUUAAUUUUGUUAGUGCAUGAAACCGGUACACAGUCAUUACAGCACGUAUAAUUACUCUUGUAAUAACGGUGUUUAAUGUUCACGUUUACGUGACAUCAUACAUGUAAUUAAGAGAGUUCCAGAAGUGCGUCCAUUAAAGAAAUCUGGGUAAUUGUGUAUCUUAAAUUCAUUGAGGCGUGGUGUUUUGAACACAUGGUCAGAAAAGGCGCUAUAUUUGUGCAUUGACGUACCCGCACCUUAGUGGCAGUCGGAAUGUGUUGACCUAUCUAUGCUUUCACUUCUUUAAGUUUGGUUUCCUUGGGUUUUAUUUUUGCACAGCUAAGGUUUCCGUUAGGAACAGCAGCGAGAGGGCCAGAGUUUAAUCUGAUUAAAGAUUUAGCACGAAAUUAAACACUGUGCCGCACACAGGCAGGAAAAGAAGUGACGUUUUGCACUUCCUGUAAUUUUGAAGGAAGUUGCCUAUGUCUUGUUUACUUUCUUCUAAUGAGUGAUCCAAGUGUUUGCCUAAUUAAAAAAUAGUUUACUAUCAGGUCAGAUUAUAAUAUUUGUUAUUUUGGGUUGCCUUAAUGCACAUUUCACAUACCUAUUGUACCAGGCAGACUUCUGCAAACCUCAGUCCAUGUGUUAACACGUCUGGUUAUUGCAAGUGUGUGCAAGUACAGUUUGUAUUUGAAAUUUGAGUUCUCCUGGCCGUUCUUGUAAUUGGAGAUUUAAUUUUACUGUUAAACUAAAUUGAACAGUUGAAGAUGUUUCAGUCUAUUCCUCGGAAGCCAGCAGUAAGUGGUCUGUACUGGUACUGUGUGAACUCGACCCGCCUCGUUACAAGCUCUUCUGUCAGGGAAGGCAGUGGAGCAGCGAGUUGGCUGGGCAAGCGGGUAGGAUGGGCUCUGUGCUGGCUCCAGAGAGGUCUAGAAGCUGGCAGCGGCGAGAGGAAGAAAGAGAUGGUGUCCAUACUGGCUAGCCAGUGCACCUAUGUGACAGGCCAGAGGCUGCGGCGAGCAUUUCAGAUAGGCGAGCUGUACAGCAACCUGUACUCCGAGAGGUCCCGCCGGAGCUUGGUCAGCAGCCUGUGGCGGCGGUUCCAGAGCAGGCAUUCACAGUCCUGCAAGCUGCUGGCGGCCCUGGCUGGCGUGUUCAUGUGGGAAGAGGAGAGAAUCCGAGACGAGGAGUUACAGAGGUGUGCGGAUGACAUGAAGAACAUUGAGAGGCUGACUGUGAAUGCAGGAGGGGGGCAGGAGAGGGAGGAGGAAGGGCUGCAGCUGGGGGCCCGGCCCUGGGAGAAGGUCAUGGACAGGAAGAACUUCCGUGUGUGGAGACGGCCCAUCGUCGACAGUCCCCUCUAUGAGUACCGAGUAUUUGGAACCUACACAGAUGUCACUCCAAGACAGUUCUUCAAUGUACAGCUGGACACAGAGUACAGGAAAAAAUGGGAUUCCCUGGUGAUAAAACUGGAAGUGUUUGAGAGGGACGAGGUGUCGGGAUCAGAGAUUAUUCACUGGGUCACACACUUUCCAUACCCCAUGUACUCCCGUGAUUAUGUGUACAUCAGGAGGUAUAACGUGGAUGUGGAGAACAAUUUCAUGGUGUUGGUGUCCAGGGCAGUAGAGCAUCCGACUAUCCCCGAGUCCCCAGACUUUGUGCGGGUGAGGUCCUACCAGUCCAAGAUGGUUAUCAAACCCCACAAGUCUUUUGAUGAAAAUGGAUUUGACUACUUGUUGACCUACAGUGAUGAUCCCCAGACGGUGUUUCCUCGCUACUGUUUGAGCUGGAUGGUGUCUAGCGGAAUGCCAGACUUUCUGGAAAAACUGCACGCUGCAACUCUCAUGGCUAACAACAUGGAGCUUGAAGUAAGAGACUACAUCUCGAUAAAACCAGUGGAGAACAAGCCCACUUCGAACCCGGAGCGCGUGCCUGAGAGCAGCCGCAGCGGGCAGCAGCAGAUGGAAUAUGCAUAGCACUGUGGAGCGACAGACGAAGAAUAUGGAAACCAAAAAGUUAAAACACAUCUCUUGCUGGAGAACACAGAUCUAUUUUUUUUGCACCAGGGAGGUUCGGCUGCAGUUGCCAAGGCAGCAGAGACUUCUAAACAAGGCCAGACGUCGAGGUGACUGCUUGCAUUUCCCUGCAGCGGGGCAGAACUGAGCUCUGGUUAUCCUCCCAGCUGUGAGAAAACCCCCUGCGUCAUUUAAACGUGUUCAAGUGUGGGAGAGCGCUUUUCUGAUGACUAGCACUUCAACCGCAAGGCUGUCUCACAUUUCCAAAAUAAAACCAAUAAUAAAAAAUAAAUAAAUAAAUAAUUUACCCCCUUUUAAAACAAAAAAAAUCAAAGUGUUCUAAGUGCUGCCCAGUGAUGACUUUUGACUCAUGCAACAACAGAUUUACAAAACUGCUUGCUUCAGACUCUGAAGUGUUUUUUAUAAAGGCAUGGCAACCCUGGUUAGGUUUUAAUUGCUUCUGCCUUGAUUUCUGGAGAGUGCAGGUAACAUUAGUCUGCCUGCCGCUAUAUAUUACUGGAGCUCUUGCUAUCAGCUGAUGCAUAUCGCAGUGCUUGCAUCUCCUCGGAUGAGGCAGAUUGAUGUGGUGGCUAACAAGCUAACCUUCCUAGUGUUGGAAACUAAAUUAGUUGUGAAUAGAACUAGACAUGUUCAGUGGCUGUGCUGUAUUGGAUUUGUAGCCCAGCGCAGCUUCUGGGGUCAAACACUUUAAUUCAGGUCUAUGACAAUACUGUGUUUCUGGUUUUUGUUUUUUUUGCAGUGCGUAUUAACAAAAGCAGAACAUUUUGAUACUGCCUUUUUUUUCUAUGAAAUAAAAAGAAAAGCAAACAGCAACAAAAAAGCAUGUUUUUUCUGCAAACUGUUCACCAGUGAAUUGCAAAUGUGUGUUAGAUUUAUUAAGCGGUUUUGAAGGCUUUAUAGCUGAAAGAGCCGUGUCAUUUAAACUCCUUGGGUGGAAUGAAAACAUAACCGUUUCGUGUGCUUGUCCUAACACCACUUGAAAAUCAUGAAUUAAAUAUAAUAUUCCUAAGGUCACAAAGCUUUUUACCUUUAGAUACUGUACAAAUCUAUUUGGUGUUAUGGCUGUGUAAAAAUAGCCUAUAAAUAUUGUGGGGCAGCCAACAGUACAUGUGUGUUUGAAGAAUGAGGUUUAAUAUUUGACCUCAAAAGAAUGGCAUGGUAAUACUUUUGGAUCUAGGGCACAGUAAUUUAAGUAGCAACUUAAGCAAUUACAAGGUACAUCUAUUUACAUUAUUUAGUAACUAGUGUUACCAAAGUAAGCCAUAGGGGUAAUACUGUUAAAGUUGCACUGUAGGGCACAUACACUGUUAUGAAAUUACUGAAUAAUACCACAUUGUAUGCUUUAGUUUUCCUAUUAAGGGAUAAUUAGAACAUAUCGAUUCACUUUUAAAAGCACUGUAUAACAUAAUUACAGCAAUUACUAAGUAGAUACUGUAGGCAUACCCUAAAAUAAGUCUAUGGACUCCACAAUUACACUAAUUACCAAUUAAUUACAAUCGAUACAGUGUGCUGUGUGACUGUGUUCCCAAGGUUUGUGAGCUCCAUCCAGUGUGGGUGAAGUUAGCCACAUUGCAUUAUAGCCAUUUGCUAUUUUGUCUGUGGGUCUUAUUAACCGCCAGUGUGAGUUUCCUUUCACGUUUGUUGCAGCUGAUCGGUGUGCAGUGUCUGUUUCAGUGAAAUGUAAAAGCAGUGUUGGAGACUGUAUCAUCACAAUGCGUUGGCUAAUUAAAGUGUGGUGGCGUAUGUGUAAAUCAAA